CUACAAACUACUCCGGGUACUAACCAAAUUCCAUAUGCCUUAAUUAAACCUUUUUUAUCCCUUCAUCCUAAAAAUCUCAUUAUUUCCCCAUUUUUGUCCUUUCGAAGGAGGAGCACAGAACAAUCUAUACGAGGAUUGGUUCUUUCGUCUCAGAAAACAAACCCAAACCAAACCCCCAAACCCAGCAUCUCGUCCACUCAUUUCUGAAAAUCCUUAAUCACCAGCCAACCCUAGUGUCUGAAUCUCAAUUUUCUACUCCAGAUUGUUCGUUUUUCCAUCGUCUGAUUUUGGUGUGCUAUGCUAUGGGGUGAAAGGACGGAAAAGUGCAGUGCGCGUUGAGGUGUGAUGGAGUGGGAUAGUGACUCGGAGUCUGAUCUGAGCGGUGGCGAGGAGGAGGAAGAGGGAUUAGGGUUUCUGUUGAGAAAGAGCGGCGGAGGUCAGCUGCCUUUCCCGGUGGACACGCUCCUGAAGCCGGCGCCGUGUGGGUUUGUUGUUGCGGAUGCUUUGGAGCCCGACCACCCUAUUAUAUAUGUUAAUUCCGUAUUUGAGAUGGUUACUGGUUAUCGUGCGGAGGAGGUCCUUGGACGUAAUUGCCGAUUCUUACAAUGCCGAGGCCCGUUCGCCAAGCGCAGGCACCCCCUCGUGAACCCCACCGUCGUUGCCGAAAUAAGGAGAUGCCUGGAGGAAGGAAUUGAAUUCCAAGGCGAACUACUAAACUUCCGUAAAGACGGGUCCCCACUCACGAACAGACUACGCAUGACCCCCAUUUACGGAGACGACCAGACAAUAACCCACAUCAUCGGCAUACAGGUCUUCACCGAGGCUGCCCUCGACCUCGGCCCAGUCCCCGCCUCCCCCACCAAGGAACCCUCAUUUCCCUCAAACCGUUUCCGGCUGAGUGAAGCCUCUUUACAAGGGGCCCGCCGCAGGUUUUGUGGUAUCAUGCAGCUAAGCGACGAGGUGAUUGCCCUGAAAAUCCUCUCCCGACUGACCCCCAGAGACAUCGCUGCCGUGGGGUCCGCGUGCGUGCGAUUCUACCAGCUGACAAGGAACGAGGACCUGUGGCGAAUGGUUUGCCAGAAUGCAUGGGGCAGCGAGAUGACUCGCGUGCUGGAGACCGUCCCGGGCGCCAAGCGGCUCGGGUGGGGCCGACUCGCGCGCGAGCUCACGACCCUCGAAUCGGCCGCGUGGCGGAAGCUCGUCGUCGGGGGCGCCGUCGAGCCCUCGCGCUGCAACUUCAGCGCGUGUGCGGUCGGGAGCCGCGUCGUCCUGUUCGGCGGCGAGGGCGUCAACAUGCAGCCGAUGAACGACACGUUCGUCCUCGACCUCGACUCGACGGCCCCCGAGUGGCGGCACGUGAAGGUGGGGUCCCCGCCGCCGGGGCGCUGGGGCCACACGCUCUCGUGCGUCAACGGCUCCCACCUCGUGCUGUUCGGAGGGUGCGGGCGGCAGGGGCUGCUGAACGACGUGUUCGUCCUAGACCUCGACGCGAAGCAGCCGACGUGGCGGGAGAUCUCGAGCGUGGCCCCGGCGCCGCCGCCGAGGUCGUGGCACAGCUCGUGCACGCUGGACGGGACGAAGCUCGUCGUGUCCGGCGGGUGUGCCGACUCUGGGGUGCUGCUGAGCGACACGUUCUUGCUCGAUUUGUCGAUGGAGAAGCCUGUGUGGCGGGAGAUCCCCGUGGCGUGGACCCCGCCCUCGCGCCUGGGACACACGCUGUCGGUUUACGGGGGGAGGAAGAUUUUGAUGUUCGGGGGGCUGGCGAAGAGCGGGCCCUUG